AUGGUCGACAGUGUCUCUACGCCAUUCUACGUGACUAACUUUCCUCCAGAUGCUGAUGUCAAGUCGUUAUGGGACGUCCGUGAUAAGGUUGGAAAGGUGGUUGAUGUAUAUGUGGCUCAGAAAUUAUCAAAAAUUGGUAAGAGAUUCGCCUUUGUUCAUUUUCUUAAAUUUAGUCGGGAUGUUAGUAAUAAGGGAGGCUCGACUGUUAAGGGACAUGUUAUUACUCUUAAUUAUAAUGAUCAGGUGCUUCGGUCAAAAGUGCAUGCUGAUGUACAAACUAGUUCUUUUGCAAAUGUUGUAAAGGGUGAUGUGGGUGUGAAAAACAAGAAAGGCUCAGUUCCUGUGUGUAUUUUACAGGGAAAGGAGAUUGAUAAUUCGUUGUCCAUGAAAGCAUCUAUUUUUUGUUUAAGAAGUCUGAGGCGGUUAAGGCAUAUUUUUCAGUCUUUAGACCGGUUGUUAAUGGUUUUUUUUGUUAAAGAGCAUGCUAUUUGGUUAGAUUUGGUGGGUUUACCAUGUUGUGCUUGGAAUGAUGUUGCGGUUAAAAAGCUAGCUACUAUGUGGGGUGAGGUUUGCUUUCUUGAAGAGGUUGGGGAUACCCCUUUGGCGGUUAAACGUGUGUGUAUUAAGACUGGGAAACCUUCAUUGAUUCAUGACAUGAUUAAAGUGGUUGCUCAAGGCGUUGAAUAUGGGGUGGUGGUGCGUGUAAUUUCAAAUUGGGAACCGGAUAUUAUGGAGGAGGGAGAAAUAGAGAAUGGUGAUAAGGUUGAUGAGGGGCAAGAGGAAUCUUUUAGCACGGAUAAUACGCCUAUUAAUGGUGCUAGAGGAGCUGGGUUUGUUGAUAGAAAGGGAAGAUUUUUUCAAACUACUACUAAAAGAAAAGGUAAUGGAGCUGUGGAUGGGGGUAUUUGUCCGCCUAAUGUUGCUGCCACGAGAGUUGUCGCCGAAAAUCAAUGCAAACCGGUUGUGCCUUCACAGGUUAGGGUGGCUGAGUGUGAGCUGCCGGAUGGUCCGUCCCAUUUGGUGGCUGAUGUGGAGGGGGAGGGGAUAUCCAAAUCACCCUCACAGCCACUUGGUUUUAGACAAGAUCAAUCUUCUACUUCUCAUGGAUCUUCUAAGAUGCUGAAAAAGAAAGUUCCGGUAGUUUUUGAUGAUAUGGAAGAUGUGUUGAAGCAUUUGAAAUGGGUGGUCUUCUUGGAUGUGGUUAAAGGAGUUGUGGCUGAUUUUAUUAGUAAUCCGGCUUGGAGUAAGUUUGUUGUUUUCAAAAACAAGCUUAAGUUUAUUAAAGCUAGGAUUCGUUCCUGGAAAGCGGAGUCUAAGUCGGUUGCACAACUCUCUUCUUCUCAGUUGUUGGGUCGUUUGGUAGAUAUUGACAACUGCAUUGAUGAUGGUCAAUCUAGUACUGACAUUAUUUGA